CCUCCCAAACCACCAUGGCAGGUUACAGUGUCGAGCAGCACGUGCAAAUCAUAAAAUUGUUUUAUGAAAAUGGGUCUUCAGUUCGAGCAACGUUCCGCGCACUUCGCCCGUUUUACGGUCGCGAUGAUCGUCCUGCCGAGUCGACUAUCCGUCGAUUGGUGGACAAAUUCGAGUCAACCGGGUGCAAACAUGAUUGGAGCCUUCCUAGCAUUACUGACCAAAAUAAAAAAUUACUUCAUCAUUGUACAACUCUACCACUAAUUAAACUCUCAGAUGAUGUGGACAAAGUCAUAGAAAAUAGUAAAGCCUUUCCAGUUCGAUUCCCGAUAGAAACUGUUAGGUUGGACUAUUUAAAAGCUCUUAGACCAAUCAUAAGGCUGCAAAGGAAUAUUACGUCAACCUAUCCACUUGUACAUGAAAGAAUUCUGAUUCUGAUGGCAAAAUUUUUGAACCACAAAAGAGAAUUUGGAUCUGAUAUUGAAAAGGCUUUUUACGAAGACAUGACAGUGCCUGAGCUCAUAGACAGGAUAUUGAAAAAGAGAGCUCUAUUUUUUGUUGGACCACAUGACAAAUAUGGACUCCUUAAUGGUGAAAAGGGAAGAGGUGGCUGGGAAGAAAUUGGAACAUCAAAGGAAAAACCGCCGCUCGUGCUAGAGAAUUGUUUGAGCUAUGAUGAAUUGAAAAUUUCCUCCAUGGUGUAUGUGAGUGGUUACACCGAAUGCAUCAAUAAUGGUGCCAGACGUAAUAAAGGUGUUUUCAGUAAUGAUGCUGAAGAAGAAGCUAUAAUAAUAGGUUUGAUUGGCCCACGCUUCGUUCGCCCUGGUAAGAUGGACUGUGAGGAUAUCCUCAUAACUAAAGAUCAGAAUUGUCCAGAGAAUGGGUACGGGGAAAAAAAAGCGGGAAAUGAUUUCAAAAAAUUUAAAGCAGACCCAACUUCACAAUCAAUCCAAACUGCCAAGCGGAAUUUAAGAGAGAUGUGGGCAGAAUUCUAUGAGACAUCCACGCCUGUAUACAGCGAAAGUUUCUUUAACGAAAUUAAAAAUAAAACCAGUCAAGAUACAGACAGAUACCAACACGUUGUGAAAGGAAAAAAAGUAAAUGGUAUAUUCGACAAUGAAGUUUAUUACAAGAGGAUCCGUGUGCUCGCCGAAGUGACUCUCAUCGAGGCGGAGUUCAGAGCUAAGGAGAGCGGGAAGAAUGCGUUUGUGAAUGUCAUUGGAUGCGGGCUCGGUAUAUGGAUGAUAUCAAAACAUCAAAAUGAUGCUUACAUUCUGACAUUCUUGGAGAGAAUGAGUACCUUUCUUAAGAAAGACAUGUUGAAUCAUGUCACGGAUGUCAACUUUGGUUAUAUCAAAUGCAGUCGUGAUAUUGAAGCUUUAUUUAAAGACAAAAGCGAGAAAGCUGUGAAAAAACUGUUUCUGAAGAGUAAAACGCAUCCAAAAGGCGGUAUCAGCGCGCAGCUGGAGAACCGCGAGCCGUCGUCGCGCCUGCCGCCCGCGCACGCCGGCAAGCUGCUCGUGCUCACGUACCCGUGGGACAGCAACGCGCAGCCGGGGAACGAGUUCUGGUAUGGCAAGCUACAUACAUCGGGCGACCCGGCGGCUGCGUGUUCCACACAAGUGUCGGAGCUGCACAACGCGCACGUCAACCCCGCCGUGAGUGCGCCCAAUACGCGCGUCGUGGACAGCCGCGGUCUCAAGACGCUCUCCGAUUACUGUCUCGCUCUAACUACCUAGGUCAGAGCAAGACAAACAUACCACAACAGACCUAUCUCUAUGCUUCACUGUGGCAAUAGUUACUAAUAG